AUGUCGGGUUUCGGAGAGAGACUCAGCCAGCGGCAAAAGGCCUUCAAGAAGGGGGUUGAUGCAGAUGAUGCACGGCGGAAGCGAGAAGAUGCGGCUGUCCAGCUUCGCAAGCAAACCAGGGACGAGGCGCUGAUGAAGAAAAGGAUGGUCAACGACAUCCCCGCGGCCGGCCAAACAACUGACCCGAUGGCCUUGGCACAAAUGGGUGAACGUAUGGCGACAGUUCCCAGCAACUGUGCCGUGGAACAGAUCCCGGCUCUAAGCCAGGCCUUGCUGUCGGACGAUCCGCAGGCUCAGUUCAAUGCCACCCAGCAAUUCCGGAAGCUUCUGAGUAUCGAGCAGAACCCGCCCAUCUCGGAGGUCAUCAAUGCAGGUGUGGUGCCACGUUUCGUCCAGUUCCUGAAGGAAAUCAAUCGGCCAGACCUGCAGUUUGAAGCCGCAUGGGUGCUCACCAACAUCGCCUCCGGAAAUGCAGACCAGACCCGCGUGGUCGUGGAGCAGGGUGCGCUGCCCAUCUUCGUGCAGCUCUUGCAGUCUCCGAACGACGAUGUUCGCGAGCAAGCAGUUUGGGCGUUGGGUAACAUCGCCGGCGAUUCACCUAACUUUAGAGAUCUGGUCCUGCAGAGUGGAGGCCUUCACCCUGUAAUGACUGUCCUGCGAGAGUCGGAGAAGACAUCGAUGAUGCGAAAUGCUACAUGGACACUGUCAAAUCUUUGCCGCGGCAAACCUCCGCCACCCUUCGAGUGGGUGUCGCCGGCACUGGGCACUUUAGCGAACCUUAUCUACUCCUGCGACUGCGAGGUCCUGACCGAUGCCUGCUGGGCCCUCUCCUACUUGUCGGAUGGCCCCAACGAGCGAAUCACAGCCGUCAUCCAGGCCGGCGUUUGCCGUCGGCUUGUGGAGCUGCUGCUCCAUACGUCCCCACUGGUGCAGACGCCCGCGUUGCGGGCUGUGGGCAACAUCGUGACCGGCGACGACAACCAGACCCAGGUGAUUCUGCAGAGCGGGGCCUUGCCCUCGCUCCUCAAGCUUCUCUCCCAUGCGAAGAAGGCAAUUAGAAAAGAGAGCUGCUGGACAAUCUCCAACAUCACGGCCGGGAAUCGCGAGCAGAUUCAGGAGGUUAUCAACAACGGCCUGCUCCCACCGGUCAUCCACUUGUUGCAGACGGCCGAUUUUGACAUCAAGAAAGAGGCAGCCUGGGCGAUCAGCAACGCAACCUCGGGUGGAUCUCCACAGCAGGUGGAAUACCUGGUGGAGAUGCAGUGUAUCAAGCCUUUGGUCGAUUUGCUGGUCGUUUCAGAUGCCAAAAUCAUCGGCGUGGCGUUGGAAGCUCUGGAAAACAUUUUGAAGGUGGGCAAGGACAAACAGCAGAAACUGGGCAUGGCGGAGAAUCCUUUUGCUGCCAAGAUCGAGCAGGCCGACGGCUUGCCGAAGAUCGAGAAUCUUCAGGAGGAUCCCAAUGAGGAAGUGUACCAGAAGGCUAUGAAGAUUCUAGAAAAGUAUUUCCCGCUGGAGGAUGAAGAUGCAGAAAUCGGUGAAGAUGUUUCGAAUCCUCAACAGUUCCAGUUUGGUGCACAGGUGCCCACAGGCGGCUUCAGUUUUGGAUCCUGA